CCGCGUCGGCGAGUUUCGAAAUAGUCCAGUCCAAGAGUUUGAACGCGAUGGCCAAUGAAGUGUUUGCAAAGCUGCCCGAGUACAUUCAGCAUGGGCUGAAGAAGGUUGCGGGUGAGCAGGGUUUCUCCGAUAGAGGUUGCCGGUUUGAGUUUGAGGAUGGUUCCCAGAAAGGAGAUGGCUUCAUUGGUGACCUGUUCAAGGUGUUUAUUCGAGAGGCGGGUCGCGAUGAUCUGCUGGUGUUGUGCAAGACACUUCCGGAGCACGAGAUUCGGAAGCGGUACUCGAUCGGACUGUUCCACCGGGAGGUUCAGGCUUACACGGAGGUGCUUCCCAUGCUGUACAAGUUCCAAAAGGAGAAGGGAGUCGGCGAGAGUGAUCCGGAAGGGUUCUGGAACGCGCCCAAGUGUUACUACGCGUACUGUGACGUUGGCAAGCUGGAAGGCGUGGUCAUCAUGGAAGAUCUACGCGAAAAGGGUUUCCGGAUGUGGAACAAGCUGGAAGCGGUUGACUUUGACCACACCCGACUGAUGAUGAUCCGGCUGGGAAAGCUGCACGCGAUCUCGUUCGCCUUGAAGGAACAACAGCCGGAAGUGUUCGAGCGGUUCACCCACUUGAAGGACCCGUUCGCGAAGCUGAUCGAGCACGAACCGGGUCAGCACAUGAAGAAGAUGUUCAACGCCAACUGCGAACGCGCCAUCGGAACUCUGGACGAUGACGACACCGAGUCCAGGUCCAAAAUGCAACCAAUCCGCGGGGUUGUAACCGAUCUCUACAUCGCAGACGCCAAGAGCGAGGGGGCCAGCAAGUACGCCGUCAUAGGCCACGGAGAUUGCUGGAUCAACAACGUAAUGUACAGCUAUACCAACGACUCACUAAUCCCGCGGGAGAUCCGCCUGCUCGACUGGCAACUCUGCCGCUACACCUCCCCCGUCUACGACCUAAUGUACUUCAUCUGUGUCAGCACGGACGAAGCGAUGCGUGCCAAGUACUACGACCAACUCCUGGACAUUUACUACCAUUCGCUUGGAGACCACCUCCGUCGACUCGGUGGAGAUCCGGACAAGCAAUUCCCUCGCGCAGCUUUGGACGACCAACUGAAGCGGUUCGGACGGUUUGGUCUGCUGAUUAGUUUCCUGGUCCUGCCGAUGAUCUGUACGCCGAACGAUGAAAUGCCAGACGUAGGGGAGAAGAUGGAGAAGGCCCAAAAGGAGCUGCAAGCCGGGGAGGAGGGCAAGUCGUCGGUUAUAUUCAGCAAGACCGAACUGGCGAACGCGAUGUACUGCGAGCGGAUGAAGGGGUUGAUCAAAGAUUUGGUGCGGUUUGGGUAUUUGUAGAAAGCGUUGGACAUAGCUCAUGAUAUUUUGAAAAACUUAUAGUUGAUAAGUAUGUUUAAUAA